AUGCUAUCUGCUCCUCAUCUUCGCCUUCUUUCUUUCUAUCCCUUUCUUUCUUUCUUUCUUUCUUUCUUUUUUUCUUUCUUUCUUUCUUUCUUUCUUUCUUCGUCUUCCAUAAUUCAUUUGACCUCCUUCCGACCAUCUUUUCCACUUCCAAUCUCUCGUUUCCCUCUCACUUUCAUCUCUUAUACUUCCUCUUCUUUCUCGUCUCCUACCUGUCCAUCUCUCUUCCUGAUCCGCUUUUUCUUCUCAACGGACUGCUUCUCUUAUCACUACUUUAAAAUUUCUGUUCCUCUCACUAUUCCUUUACUUCUCCCCCCUUCAUGUCACUAUUCGUUCUACACUCCCCUUCCUCUCACAAUUCUUUCUACCCUCCCCCUCUUACUGUUCCAUCAUCUAUCUUCCCCCCACUUCUAUUUUCAUUGCGAUUCUUGGCUCUGUUUUCCCACUUUCUUUUUCUCGUCUCCCUCUCUUUCUUUUUCAAUACUUCUUCUUCCUCCUACUCCCCUUCCUCCUUCUACUCCUCGCUUUCUUUCCCUCAACCUAAUCCCUUUUUUCUUUUUUAUAUUAUCUUAUCCCUCUUCUAAAUUUUUCCUUCCUCUCGCAAUCCCUUCUACCCCCACUUUUAUCUCACUACGCCUUCUACCCUACAUUUACUCUCACUAUUUCUUCUACCACUCCUUCCUCUCACUAUUCUUUCUACCUACCUCCCUCUUACUAACCCUUCAUCGAUCUCUCCUACUUCCUGCUAUUUUCAUUGCGAUUCUUGGCUGUGUUUCUCCUCGUCUCCGUUACUUCUCGUUUUAUUUCUCUCUCUUCUCUGCUCUCUGUCUUUUCUCUUUCUCUCUUUCUCUUUUUUCUCCUCGUCCUCCGUUUUUCUUCUCUACUGUUCCAACAGCAAGAUUCCAAUUUUCUCUUUGUCUUUCUCUCUUCUUUUCUUCUCUUCUCUUUCUUUCUUUUUUCUUCUCUAUUUUCUUAUUCCCCCCCUUUCUGUCUUUCUCUCUCUUUUCUUCUCUUCUUCUCCCCCCCCCCUUUCUGAUUUUCUUCCUCUAUUUUUCUUAUUCGAUUAGCAACAGCAAGAUUCUCAAAUUUUUCCUCUUUGUCUUUCUCUUUCUUCUCUUCUCUUACAACAGAUUCCUUAGCUUUAAUUUUCCUCUUUUUUCUCUCUUUCUCUUUCUUUCUUCUUCUCUUUCCCCCCCUUUCUGGCUUUUUCUUCCUCUAUUUUCUUAUUCGAUUAGCAACAGCAAGAUUCCUCUUAAUUUUUCCUCUUUCAACAGCAAGAUUCCUCUUAAUUUUCCUUUUGUCUUUUCUCUCUCUUUUUUUUUCUUCUCCCCCCUUUCUGGCUUUUCUUCUCUUUUUCUUAUUCGAUUAGCAACCCCCUUAAAUUUUUGCUCUUUGUCUUUCUCUCUCUCUUCUCUUCUCUUCUUAUUUUCUGGCUUUUUCAUUUUCUUAUUCGAUUUAGCAACAGCAAGAUUCCUCUUAAUUUUUCCUCUUUCAACAGCAAGAUUCCUCUUAAUUUUUCCUCUUUGUCUUUCUCUCUCUCUUUUCUUCUCUUCUCUUUCCCCCCUUUCUGGCUUUUCUUCCUUUUUCUUCUCUUUUUUCUUUUUCUUCCUCCUAUUUUCUUAUUCGAUUAGCAACAGCAAGAUUCCUCUUAAUUUUUCCUCUUUGUCUUUCUCUCUCUCUUUUCUUCUCUUCUCCCCCCUUUCUGGCUUUUUCUUCCUCUAUUUUCUUAUUCGAUUAGCAACAGCAAGAUUCCUCUUAAUUUUUCCUCUUUAUUCCUCUUAUUUUUUCCUCUUUGUCUUUCUCUCUCUCUUUUCUUCUCUUCUCUUUCCCCCCUUUCUGGCUUUUUCUUCCUCUAUUUUCUUAUUCGAUACGAUUAGCAACAGCAAGAUUCCUCUUAAUUUUUCCUCUUUGUCCUUCUCUAUCUCUUUUCUUCUCUUCUCCCCCCUUUCUGGCUUUUUCUUCCUCUAUUUUCUUAUUCGAUUAGCAACAGCAAGAUUCCUCUUAAUUUUUCCUCUUUGUCUUUCUCUCUCUCUUUUCUUCUCUUCUCUUUCUUCUUUAUUCGAUGGCUUUUUCUUUUGUCCUCUCUUUUUUUCUUUUCCCCCCGUUCUGGCUUUUUUUCCUCUAUUUUUCUUAUUCGAUACGAUUAGCAACAGCAAGAUUCCUCUUAAUUUUUCCUCUUUGUCUUCUUUUUCAUUUAAGAUCUCUGUUCUCUUCUUUUUUUAUUACACUCCCCACCCACUCAUUUUUUCUUUUCUUUUCUUCCUCUCAGUACUUUCGUUGAUGCUCUCCCUCUCGUUUAUUCAUUAUUAUUAUUAUUAUUAUUAUUUCCCUCUCCUUUUCCUAAUCUACCGCCCCUAA